CGCCAGCUGAUGUUUCUUAUUGCAGCCGAACGCGGACGAGCCGUACACUUCCCCGCUGCCGGUGCACGGUGUGUAUGUGUGUGUGUCUGUGAGCAGCUCUUCCUGUCUACAGCGAGAAGGUGCUAGUGUAACGACACACUGUCAACAUGCCUAAGGUUCAAUUGCCAGAAACCGACGAACACAUGCGUGCAUUCGCUGAGAAGGUGUUCGCCUCUGAAACCAAGGAUGAAGACGUCCGUGAGGAGAUCUCCAUCUUCGGAGUGGCUGACUGCCCCAUUCUCAACGAGGAGCUGGCACACCAUGUGACCAUGGAUGAUGAUGCUGAAAGACGCAAGAAACACAUCCUGCGCUCCCAACAACUGGAAGAAACACCAACCUAUCUCGAGGUGCCUCACUUCCAGAGGGUGACCAUCACAGGAGACUAUGCUGCUGGGGUGACAAUGGAUGACUUCGAGUUGGCCUGCAAGGGUCUGUGCCGUGCUUUGAACAUCAGGGAAAAGUACAUGAGGUUGGCUUUGCAGAGAUUUCCCAACACUGUGUCUCAAUUCCUGCGUGAGAUUGAGGGGGAGAAGUGGAAACCUGAGGAUCAGGUGCAGCCAGUCUUCACUUCACCUCCUAAACCCGGAGAGGAUCCUUUCAACACCAAGUCUCUGGCUGCUAACUCUGGCUACGUGGCUCGCAUGCGGAAUGGCAUCAUUUAUGUCUAUAAAGACGAAGCAGCUGCAGAUAAAAAACAGCCCUUGCCAUUGCCUGCUCCUGACUACAACACCUUCAUUGAUGACAUGAACUUCCUCAUCGCCCUCAUUGCCCAGGGCCCAACAAAGACGUACACUCACCGUCGUCUGAAGUUCCUUAUGUCCAAGUUUAACGUGCAUGAGAUGCUGAACGAAAUGGAGGAGAUGAAGGAGCUGAAGAAAAACCCCCACAGGGACUUCUACAACUGCAGGAAGGUCGACACUCACAUUCACGCUGCUGCUUGCAUGAACCAGAAGCAUCUUCUGCGCUUCAUCAAGAAGUCCUACCGAGUGGAUGCUGACCGAGUGGUGCAUAAUAUCAAGGGCAAGGACAUGACCCUGAAGGAGGUCUUCGCCUCCCUCAAUCUGCAUCCCUAUGACCUGACCGUGGAUUCACUGGAUGUGCAUGCUGGUAGACAAACCUUUCAGCGCUUUGAUAAGUUCAAUGCCAAGUACAACCCCGUGGGUGCCAGUGAACUGCGUGACCUUUAUCUGAAGACUGAGAACCACAUUGGAGGAGAAUACUUCGCCACCAUCAUUAAGGAAGUAGCCAGCGACCUCGAGGAUGCUAAGUACCAGUAUGCUGAGCCUCGCCUGUCCAUCUAUGGUUGCAAUCCCAAUGAGUGGAUAAAACUCUCCAGCUGGUUCAACAAGAACAGGGUGUUUUCCCUUAACCUCAAGUGGAUGAUUCAAGUACCCAGAAUCUAUGACAUUUUCAGAGCCAGGAACUUUGUGCCUCACUUUGGGAAAAUGCUGGAGAAUAUUUUCAUGCCCAUUUUCCAGGCCACUAUUGACCCACAGUCAUACCCUGAACUGAGCAUCUUCCUGCAACAUAUCACAGGCUUUGACAGUGUUGACGAUGAAUCCAAGCAUAGUGGUCACAUGUUCUCCACCAAGAGCCCUAAGCCAAACGAGUGGGACAAUGUGAAGAACCCAUCUUACACUUAUUACAUCUACUACAUGUAUGCCAACAUUGCUAUGCUCAACCAGCUGCGCAAGGAGAGAGGAAUGAACACGUUCCUGUUCAGGCCACACUGUGGAGAAGCGGGAGCUAUCACUCACCUGCUGGCUUGUUUCAUGACAGCUGACAACAUCUCUCACGGCCUGAACCUCAAGAAGAGUCCAGUUCUGCAGUAUCUGUACUUCCUGUCCCAGCUCCCCAUUGCCAUGUCUCCUCUUAGCAACAACAGUCUCUUCUUGGAGUAUAACAAGAAUCCAUUGCUGGAGUUCCAAAAGAAGGGCCUGGUGGUGUCUCUGUCCACUGAUGACCCCAUGCAAUUCCACUACACCAAGGAACCCUUGAUGGAGGAAUAUGCCAUUGCAGCUCAAGUGUUCAAACUUAGCACCUGUGAUAUGUGUGAAAUUGCGAGGAAUAGCGUCCUGCAGAGUGGCCUGUCACAUGAGGAAAAGGUUCACUUCUUGGGUGAUAAUUAUCUGAAGGAAGGUCCAGAAGGCAACGAUAUCCGCAAGACAAACGUGGCUCAGAUCCGUAUGGCCUAUCGCUUCGAGACUCUGUGCUAUGAGCUCAACCUCAUUAAAGAGGGUGUCAAGGGUGACUAAAUGGUUAUAAAAUCUUGCUCUCUAACACACACACACACACACACACACACACACACACACACACACACACACCCCAGUUCUGCCUUGAUCUUUAGCACUUUGUAUACUGAGUAAAAUGGUAUAUAUAACAGCUCACUGUGGAUUUUCUAUUCAACAAACAUGACAUGCACUAAAUAGCACUAGGUUAUGCCCCGCAAACUGUUUUUUAUCAUUAUAUAUAUAUAUAUAUAUAUAUAUAUAUAUAUAUAUAUAUAUAUAUAUAUAUAUAUAACAUAAGAUUGCAUAAAUUGUGUGAAAGUAUAAACAGGAGAAGGUGUUCAUUUUCAUACAAGUUUACAUAAACUGCAGUUCCCAAUGUCAGGUCCUAGGAAUCUCCAAGGAUUCUUUUAAAGACCUCAAGGUGAUAGACAUCAUCGUCGUCCAUUACCAAAAUCUUUAUAGUAUCAAAUUUUGAGUUUGGAGUCAAUGUAAAAGUGGAAUGUUUGAGAAUAAAAACAAUGAUGGCCCACACAAACAAUAUUCAAUUCAAUUCAAUUUAUUUCUAUAGCGCUUUUAACAAUGGACAAGCAGCUUUACAGAAGUAUAGAAACUUUUUUUUUUUUUUUAGAAAGUUUAAAGAUAUUUCAUCCCUGUUUUAUCCCUAUUUUUGACAUUUAUGUUCAUAAAAAUGAAUCUGUGAUACAUUUUGGAAAACUGUUACCCUGUAAUAAUACAAGCAGGUAUUAAUGCAACUGUUGAAAGCCUUAAAAAAAAAACUAGUUUGAGUCAAUAAAAUUAUAAUGA